AUGGGUCAGGGCAAGAAGGAGGCAAACAGGAAGGCGAAGGCGCCUGGUGACGGCAUGGCCAAUGUGAAAGUCAAAGGAGAGAACUUCUAUCGCUCUGCGAAGAAGGCGAAACUUCUGAAGACUAUGAACGAUACCGGUACGGGUAAACAUAAUGCCGCCGGAGAAUUGACACAAGCCGCUAAAUUCCAGAGCAAAUCUGUUCCCGUCGCAAGAAUUGAGCCGAAUCGUAAGUGGUUUACAAACUCGCGAGUCAUUGGCCAGGAUGCUCUCAACUCCUUCCGAGAGGCCAUGGCCGAGCGCGCUUCCGAUCCAUACUCUGUCCUCCUCAAAUCGAACAAGCUUCCCAUGAGCUUGAUUCGAGACGGCGAGGGAAAGAAUGGUAUCAAGCAACACCAAGCCAAGAUGACUGUCGAGGCUUCCCCGUUUAGCGAUGUGUUUGGUCCCCAUGCGCAAAGAAAGAGGGUCAAGAUUGGUGUCAGCUCUUUGGAAGACCUAGCAGAGCAAAGCGUAGCCAACCACGACAUAUACCUAGAACGCCUCGAGCAAGCCCACUUGUUGAGUGGAAACUCGAUGGAGGACAGAGAAGCAAUUGGAGAGUCGGCGAUCCCAGACCACGGAUAUGCCUCGAGCGCGAAAGAAGCUAUCUUCAACAAGGGUCAAAGCAAGCGCAUAUGGAACGAGCUCUACAAGGUCAUUGAUUCCUCAGAUGUUGUCAUCCACGUCCUGGACGCCAGAGACCCCAUCGGCACGAGAUGUCGAAGUGUGGAGAAGUACAUCAAAGAAGAGGCGCCCCAUAAGCACUUGAUUUUCGUUUUGAACAAGUGCGACUUGGUCCCUACCGGCGUAGCUGCCGCAUGGGUGAGGCACCUCUCGAAAGAUUACCCCACACUUGCAUUCCACGCCUCCAUAACCAAUUCCUUCGGCAAAGGAUCUCUCAUCCAACUUCUGCGCCAAUUCUCAUCCCUGCACUCCGACCGCAAACAAAUCUCGGUAGGCUUCAUCGGAUAUCCCAAUACUGGAAAGUCAUCCAUUAUCAAUACACUCCGCAAGAAGAAGGUCUGUACAGUUGCUCCGAUUCCAGGUGAGACCAAAGUAUGGCAAUACAUUACACUGAUGAAGAGAAUCUACCUCAUCGACUGUCCCGGUGUUGUCCCUCCAAGCAGCACAGACACGCCUCAGGAUAUCUUGCUCCGUGGAGUUGUAAGAGUAGAAAAUGUCGAGCAUCCGGAGCAGUACAUCCCAGCUGUCCUAAGUAAGACAAAACCACAGCAUAUUGAGCGAACAUACCAAUUGAAAGGAUAUAACGGGCAUAUUGAAUUUCUGGAACUACUUGCACGGAAAGGCGGAAGGCUGCUACAUGGUGGAGAGCCAGAUGUCGAUGGUGUUGCCAAGAUGGUGCUGAAUGAUUUCCUGCGAGGCAAGAUUCCAUGGUUCACACCUCCGCCUCUUCUCGAGGGCACCGAAGCAGAGAAGGGUAUCGAAGGCCGCGCCGGAAGACUCGGCGAGAUGGGCAAGAAGCGCAAGCGUGAGGAUGAAUCCGUUGCGGAUGCCUUGGACCCAGACACAUCGGUACUAGACCUCGACGGCGAGGAAGAAUUUAAAGGCUUUAGCGAUGAUGAUGACGAAGGUGGUGCUGCGCUAGAUGAUGUCGUCGGCGACGUCGAUCAAGCCUUCGGGCUCGACUCGGAGGAUGAGGACAGUGAAGCCGGGCCAGAUGAAAAAGAGGACGAUGCUGAAGAGGAAGACGAUGCCGAAGCUGCGAAAGCGCAGCUGCAGGGCGCGUUACAUGAUGUUAAUGCUGUGUCGAAUCUUGGCGGCCGGAAUCCUUCCAAGAAGAAACGUCAAAAGACUUGA